UCAACUCCACUGUUACUGAGUCCAAGGCGUAUUUUAAGACCUCGCUAUCGUACACCGAGUAAAAGUUGUUAAUGGAGGAGAUUGGAGUCCAUCGCCAUUUCUUGCAGCGAUCCGAGUUUGAGUGAGUGUCAGUCGUUAGAGAUCCGAAAAGACGAUAAUGUCCUUGUCCCUUCCUUGUCGAUACGCUUUCUUCUUCUCCGGCUCGACUCCCGUCCGCAUCAGCAGCAGCAGCCUCUGCUUCUCCGUCGUAUCUCUACGGACUUCUAACCGGAAUACUAAACCCUCCCUCCGCCACGUCAUCGCCUCUCCUCGGUCGAAUUUCGAGAUCGUGAGAGCUCGCGCGUCUUCUCCACUCGGAUCAUCAUCGUACGACGAAGACGCCGACUCCGAUGGUGGUGGUUUCGAUUUCAGCGGCUUCGUAUCUCUCGCGGAGGCGGUUUGUAUUCUCUCUUCCGCCGCGGUCUCGGUGGUUCUCGCGGCGAACUACGCGGCGGCUGGUGAGAUUGGGAAGAAGGUCUUGUCUUUGGGGUUCGUCGGGUUGCUGUGUUCUGUCGCGUCUGGCUCGUGGCUUAGACGACGGCAAUGGAUGAGGAUUUGCAAAGGAGCGAGAGGAGAAGGAGACGGUGGGAGGGAUCUGAUUCGACGGUUGGAGAAGCUUGAAGAGGAUUUGAAAACCUCGACCAACGUUGUGAGAGUUCUCUCGAGGCAUCUGGAGAAACUGGGUAUUCGGUUUCGGGUCACCCGGAAAGCUCUCAAGGAACCCGUUUCUGAGACUGCAGCUUUGGCUCAGAAGAAUUCAGAGGCAACAAGAGUGAUAGCUGCACAACAAGAGAUUCUAGAGAAGGAGCUUGGCGAAAUUCAGAAGGUUCUGCUCGCUAUGCAGGAUCAACAGCGAAAGCAACUUGAGCUUAUUCUUACUAUUGCAAAGAACGCGAAGCUGUUUGAAAGCACUAGUAACAAGCAAACACCUAAUCCUAAUGAAGAGAAAGAUAAGAUUGUAGUAGAAGAACCCGCAACAUCCAAAAAGAUACUCUAUCAAUAAAACCAGAGGUAAUACAACACACACACAAGAACCGGUUAAUGACUCUGCCAGGCUUUUUGUCUGGACAAGUUGUUCUUGAUGCCAGGAGAGGGAGAACACCAGAAAAAAAUGGAUAACUACUCACUGUGGUUUCGUUGAUGUAUUGUCAAUCAUUAUUUUGGGUUGUGUAUUCCACUUGUUUUUGAACUCAAGCUUUCCUUCUAAUACCGAGUUCUUGAUGGUU